GCUCCUCCUCCUCCUCUCACGUUGCUCUCCAACCAAAGCGCGAAAAGUGGAGUUUCACAUCUCAGCAGCGCAGGGAUAGGAACCACAUCAGGAAGCCAAAAUGUCAAAGAUAGACAAAAUGAGCAUCCUUGGGGUGAGGAGCUUUGGGAUAGAGGAUAAAGACAAACAAGUCAUAUCUUUCUUCACUCCUCUGACAGUUCUGGUUGGACCCAAUGGAGCAGGGAAAACGACUAUUAUUGAAUGCCUUAAGUAUGCAACAUCAGGAGAACUCCCCCCUGGAUCUAAAGGAGGAGCUUUCGUUCAUGAUCCAAAGGACGCCCAUGAGACAGACGUACGAGCGCAGAUUCGACUUUUAUUCUCAGACGUCAACGGAGAUAAAGUCACGAUCCAUCGCUCCAUGUCCUGCACGCAGAAGGCGAAAAACUACUCCUUCAAAAGCUUAGAGCAAGUCAUCACAAGAAUGAAGGACGGCGAGAAAGUGAGUUUGUCUUCUAAGUGCGGUGAGCUGGACCGGGAAAUGAUUUCCUCGCUCGGUGUAUCGAAGCCGGUCCUGAACCACGUCAUCUUCUGUCACCAAGAAGAGUCCAACUGGCCCCUUAGUGAAGGCAAAGCUCUCAAAGACAAGUUUGACUCCAUCUUCGCUGCAACCAAGUACAUUAAAGCUCUGGAAACGAUGCGUCAGCUGCGUCUCAAACAGAGUCACACGGUCAAAGAGUGUCAGGUGGAGCUGCGCUACCUGAAGCAGAACAAGGAGAAGGCGCAGCAGAUCAGAGAGACCGUGGCCACUAAGGAGGCUCAGCUGAUGGCUUCAAGAGACAGCGUCCAGCAGAUAGAGAACCAGAUUGAUCCGCUUGAGAAUCGUUUGAUGGACAUUGACGGUAAAUUGGGGAAAGUGGUGACGCUGGACAAUGACAUCAAGGCUUUAGACAGCAGGAAGAAACAGAUGGAGGAGGACAACAAGGAGCUGGAGGAAACAAUGGAACAGGUUUUCCAGGGUUCGGACGAGCAGCUGCAGGAGAUUUACCAGAACCACCAGAGGACGGUGAGGGAGAAGGAGAAGAGGCUGACGGAGUGCACGAAGGAGCUGGAGCGAGCCGGACGAGAGUGUCAGAGGCUCAACAGGGUGAAGGCCGAUCUCCUGGUGGAACAAGGUCGUCUCCAGCUGGAAUCUGAUCGUCACACUCAAAACACCAAGAGCCGCGAUAGUCUGGUGCGCUCUUUGUCAUCCUUUCUGGAGAUGGAGGGAUACGACCGGCCGCCCUUCAGCGCUCUGCAGCUGGAGAGUUUUAAUCGACACGUCGCCCAGAGACUGGAGCAGGAGAAGGAGACGGCUGAGCAGGUUAUGGCAGACCUGCAGGAAAAGGAGCAGCAGAAGCAGCAGUCUAUCGACGACAUGAGGGACAAGAAGACCGGCCUGGAGAGCACAGUGAGUUUAAAGAGAGACCUGCAGGGAAAGAAGCAACAAGAGCUGAGGAACAUCCGGGCCGACCUGCAGAGGCUGGAGGGUUCGUCUACUCGGCUGCAAGAACUGGAAAACGAAUUGGCCAAAGCGGAGCGUGAGCUGCAGGCCGCGGUGCAGAACUCCAAUGUGGAGGAGCUGAAGGCCGAGGUGGUGGAGCUCCAGAGAGAAAAGGCCGAACUCGACCGCACGCAGAGAAACCUCGACCAAGAGAUGGAAAUGCUCAACACGCACACAACUGCACGCACGCAGAUGGACAUGCUGAAAAAGGACAAGACGGAGAAGGAGGAGCAGGUACGUAAGAUCAAGUCUCGUCACAGCGAGGAUCUGGUGUCUCUGCUGGGCCACUUCCCCAAUAAGAGAGAGCUGGAGGAUUGGAUCUACUCCAAGUCCAAGGAAAUCAACAGCACCAGGGACAGACUCGCAAAACUCAAUAAAGACUUGGCGUCGAGUGAGCAGAAUAAAAGCCACACUGCUGCUGAGCUGCGUAAGAAGGAGCAGCAAUUAGCUCGGGACGAAGAGAAGUUCUUCAAUGUGUGUGGAAGUCAGGAUCUAGAACAAGACCUGAGCAAACUGCAAGAAGACCUGGAGAAAGUGUCCAAACAGAGAGCCAUGCUCGCUGGAGCCACAGCAGUGUACACCCAGUUCAUCAGUCAGCUGACGGAGGAGAGGGAGCCCUGCUGCCCCGUGUGCCAGCGAACGUUCCCCUCAGAGUCGGACCUGGAGGAAGUGAUCAGCGGCAUGCAGUCCAAGCUACGCCUGGUCCCGGACAAACUGAAGAACACGGAGCAGGACCUGAAGAGGAAGGAGGGCAAGAGGGAUGAGAUGAUGUCCCUCAGGCCUGUGAGACAGUCCAUUGUGCAGUGCCAGGAGAAGGAGCUGCCCGAGUUGAGGAACCGCCUGCAGACCGUGAACAGAGAAAUCGAGAGGUUGAAGGGAGACGUGGAAGAGCAGGAGACUCUGCUCGGUACCUUGAUGUCUGAGGAGGAGACGGCCAAAGCCUGUUUGCAGGACAUUUCUCUCAUGGACAGAUACCUGAUGGACCUUAAAGAAGUGGAGCGUAAAAUAGCUCAGCAGGCCGCCAAACUCCAGGGAGUGGACCUGACCAGAACCAUCCAGCAAGUCAGUCAGGAGAAACAAGAAACUCAGCACAAGCUUGACACCACGUCCAGCAAGAUGGAGCUGAAGCGUAAGCUGAUCCAGGACCAGCAGGACCAGAUCCAGGUGCUGAGAAGUGCCGUGAACGAGACGAAAGCGGAGAAGCUCCAGCUGAGCAGCGACAUGCAGAGGCAGCAGCAGCUGGAGGAGCAGUGUGUGGAGUUCACCACCGAGAUACAGGCGUUGACCAGGGACAUCAGGGAGGCAAAAGAGCAACUGUCGCCUCUGGCUGCUGCACUGGAGAAGCUGCAGCAGGAGAAACAGGAGCUGGUGGAACGUAAGAAGCAGAAGCAUCAGGAAGGACAGGACAAGAUCAACUCCAUAAAAGACAGAGUGAAGUCAAUCGGCUCCUUGGAAAGAGACAUCAAUAAAUACGUCGACGACGGCAAAGACGAAUACAAAGAGCAAAAAGAGUCUGAGCUUCAAGAAACCAACACUCAGCUGCACGAGGCUGAGAAGCAUAAAGAGAAGAUUAAUAAGGAGAUGGGAAACAUUCGUCAGGAUAUAGACACUCAGAAGGUCCAGGAGCGCUGGCUCCAGGACAACCUGACGCUGAGGAAGCGCAUCGAGGAGUUGAAGGAAGUUGUGACUAAACGCGAGACGCUCAUGAAAGAAAUGGGCAACAUGCAAGUGCGGCAGCUUCGCCAGGAACGUCGUGAAGCGGAACAUAAGCUGGAAGACUUGAAAAAGCAACGCAGUAUUGCAGUGGGUCGACAGAGAGGCUUCGAAGAGGAGAUAAUGCAUUACAGAAAAGAGCUACGAGAAGAUCAGUACGACAAAGCUGACGAACGCUACAAAAACAAGAUGAUAACGAUGAGGACCACAGAGCUGGUCAUUAAAGACCUCGAUCUCUACUACAAGGCUCUUGAUCAAACCAUCAUGAAGUUCCACAGCAUGAAGAUGGACGAGAUCAAUAAGAUCAUCAGAGACCUGUGGCGCAGCACCUACAGGGGUCAAGACAUUGAAUACGUGGAGAUCAGAUCUGAUGUGGAUGAGAAUUCGUCUGCUGGUGUCAAGAGGAGGGUUUACAACUACCGGGUAGUUAUGGUGAAAGGAGACGCCGCUUUGGAUAUGAGAGGACGCUGCAGUGCUGGUCAAAAGGUGUUGGCGUCUCUGAUCAUCCGUCUGGCUCUGGCUGAGACCUUCUGUCUGAACUGUGGGAUCCUGGCCCUGGAUGAACCCACCACCAACCUGGACCGAGAGAACAUCGAGUCGCUGGCACAUGCCCUCGUAGAAAUCAUCAAGAGUCGCUCUCGGCAGCGUAACUUCCAGCUGCUGAUCAUCACCCACGACGAGGACUUCGUGGAGCUGCUGGGCCGCUCCAGCUACAUCGAGCACUUCUACCGCAUCCGCAAGAACCAGGACCAGAACUCUGAAAUAACCAAGUGCAGCAUCAGCUCCCUCUCGUCCUACCUCCACUGAGGAGGAGACGUCCUGUGAUCAGCUCCUUUAGAAUGUGCAGUAACGCUUUAUCUUCUUGAUUUAAAUUCAUUUAAUUAAAUUAAGUAAAUCAAAUUUCAAACCAAAGAGACGCCUUUAAUACAAUAUGGCAGAUUGUUAUUACUAUUUUUAGUAAACUUGCAUCCGUUUCUGCAACAAGAACCAGGUUGAUAAACGUACCUGCAAAAUGUCAUGUGACUCUAAAGCUUAGCAUGCUAAUCGUUAGCACAACCAGUUUGAUGCAUGUGUAACUUCUUAGUUUUUUUGUUAUGGUGGUGACUCAUAACUGCCUUUAAUACAAGUGCACUAAUGUUUAUUGCACGCUCUGUUUGAAAGAUAAAAAAUAAAUAAAUAUGUUGGACAGUGUUGUAAUUUGCAGUCGCAUCCUAAUGUUUCAGCUGCUAAUAAAUGUUUUGAGGGAGUAAAA